AUGAGUUCAACACAAGUUGUCAGAGAUAUUUUACAAGUAGCUAAAGGAAUGUUACCUCCAAGUCAACAAUCUACACAAAAUAUAAGAAGUAUAGAGGAAAUGGCACGUAGUCUUGUUGCUCAAAAAACUCAUAAUAUUCCAAGAGAAAAGACAGAAGAAGAAAAAGAAAAAGAAAGAGAGGCUGAACAAUUUAAAAAGCAUGUAGAAGAAGUAUUAAGACAAGAAAAAGAAAUGAUGCUUAAAGCAACUGAAAUUUCAAAUCAAAGAAGUACUUUCUUUGAAAAAUAUGAAGAUUGUGUUCGUACUACUAAAUCUAAUAAGAAACCAGAAAUUGUUAUUGUUGGAACUCAAGGGUCUGGUAAAUCAGAAUUAGUUGAAGGUAUUGUUGGAAUGCCUAUUGAAUAUAUUAAUACUUCUAUUGCAACAACUGUUCCUAUAGUUAUAGAAACUGUUUACAAACGUGGGGUAGAAGAUAAAUGCUUUUUCUUUAUGGAUAAUGAAUGGAAAGAAGUCAUAAUUGAUGAGGUUCCUAAAUUAAUAGAAAAAAGAUGCUAUGAAAAUAGAUCAAUUGGAUUUGAAGAAGUACUUAUAAAAAUAGAAUCUCAAAAUGUUAUUCCUUUAAAAAUAGUUGAUCUUCCAGGUUUUGUUGAAGAACAAAAUGAAACUCAAACAAAAGUAGAGAAAGUAUGGGAGAAGUAUGUAACAGAAGAAGAAGGAAAGUUUAUUCUUUGUGUUGAAAAAUCAACAGAAGAACGUGGAGAAAACGCUUGCGAAAGUUGGGUCAUAGAUAAAAAGAAAGUCCACAAAAAUGUUGUAAUAGUACAAAGUAAAUUUGAUAAUAGAAUUACUCAGGUUAAAGACAAAGAAGAGAUGAAAACAUAUCUUGAUGGUGAAACAGAAAACUGUAAAUAUUUCUAUGUCUCUUUCUUAAAUAAAAGAGGACUAACUAUCAAAGGAUUUCAGGAAUCUCUUCAAGAAAAACAAAUAGAUGACUUAAGAAGACUAGUAACUAUGGGGAUUAAUGAACAAUAUUUCAAGAAGAUUGGAAUCUGGAGAUUAAAUUCUUUUCUUAAGGAGGAAGUUAUUUAUGGAUAUAUGAAAGGGAUUAAUGAAAUGACCAAUUGUUUAAAAAAGCAGAUUGAAGAAACCGAUCAAGGAAUACAUCGUUUAGAAGAAGAAAAAGAGAGCAGUGAUGUAGAUGAACUUAAAAGAGGAUUAAAUAAUUCAGUUAGUAGUCUUGGAAAUUUAAUUGUGCAACUUAUCACUGGAGAAUGUACUAUAAGCCCAAAAGAGUAUGGAGAGACAAUGGAAGAAGAAAGAGCUCAAGUCAAAUGUGAAAAAUGGCCUGGAGUUGGAUCCGAGAUUAAUAUUGUUGGUAGUGGAAUGAAAUUGUAUGGAGGUGCUCAAUAUGAAAGAUUGUUAAGAGAAACAGAAGCAGCUUUACUAACAAUGGAAUUACCAGUACCAACUGCUGAUGAAGUCUGUGUUGCUAUGGGUAUUCAUGCUAUUGGAGGAAUGUUGAAUGGUGGAGAGAGAGUUAUUAGUGUUGUUAUUAAAACAAAAGCAUCACGUGCAUUACUUCCUAUUAUCUCAAUAUUGAUACAAAGAAUUACACAUGUUUUUGAGAGAUUGUUUAAUGUUGCACUUGAUGUAAUAGAAAAAGUGUUUGGAGAAAAGAGUUUAUUACAAAAUGGUGAAUUGAGUAAUGCUCUAAAAGAGGUUUAUAUUAAUUUUGCUAAAGAAAAGUUACGGUAUUGUGAAAAAAUGUUGAAGGAUGAUUUAAAUUCGUUUGUGAGUGUUGUUGAUUGGAGUAUGUUAUCAAGCACAACAACAGCCAUAGAAGAAGAGAUUGAUGAAGAAAAAACACAAGACGAAGAAGAGCUAAAACCAGUUGAUCAUAACCAAAAAAUUAAAGAACGAGUUCAGAAAAUGAUGGAAGAACGUGAUAAAAAUGAGGUAAAACUACUUCAAGAGUUAAGAAAUAUCAAUGGAGCAGAUUCUCACUCAUCCAUUUGUAAAAUUUGUCAACGGGUGUUUGGAGUUAUUCGAGAUAGUUUUUGGAGAAAUGCACGAAGUAAAUUAAAUGCAUAUUUCCUUCAACCCAUGAUUGGGGAAUUAAAAGAAGAAUUGUCAAGACAAAUUCCUACAUUAGGAAACAUUUUGACUGUACACAAAAAAAGUAGUGAAGAAGUUGAGGAUGAAAUUAAUAAAUUAAAUAAACAAAAGAAACAAUUGUGUGAAGAUUAUGAAGGAGUUGUGGAGGUCAAAAAUUUAUUGUUGUCAAUUCAGUCAAAAAAUCCAUCUAAAUCACCUAACUUUGAAAGUCCAAUGAAAAAAAGAGUAUUGUUUUAA